UACUCGAGGGCAUCAAUUAAGCGCCGGGAAACAAUGAAGCUGAGUGUGUUAGAGUGCAGCUGCAACCUGCGUCGGAUGCCUCGGCUCGGAUGUGUGACCAUGUGGGUCACAAGGGACCGCAGAAUACGCAGUUCCAGGGUAGAACACGAAAAUGGAAUCGUCUAGCGUCUCCAUCAGAAAAGCAAAUGUGGGGAAGCUUGUAAGAGCUCAGGAGUGAGAACCUCAGCUUCGCCUUCGACGUUUAUCGGCAGUGGAACAUCAGGUAUUUUUCACACUCGUUAUCGGUUGACAGAAAUUCCAAGGAGGAAAAAAUGGAGGGUCAGCAACUGAAGGAUCCGCUGAAUAAAGUUUCGCUAAUUAAAGAUGAGCUGACUCGGAGCUCUAUGGAAGCUAGCGAGUCAGAGAAGGUGAUCCAGCACCUUAAUCAGGAGUUGAAGGAGGCACAUGAUCAGGCCAAUGCUGGCAAGCAGAAGUGUGUGGAGCUGCAAGGACUUCUAGAGGAGGAAAAGCGAGCCAGCAAGCAUCAAACAGAGGAAUCUGCAAAGCAGAUGAAGAUUCUUCAGACUCAGCUUCAGAAGUUGCAGGAUGAGAUGGAAAAUCUUAGGGACCAGAAGGACAGUACUAUUCUGAGUAUGCGACAGGACGCACAUGUAGCUCAAGAGGAAAUGCAGGUAUUUCGCCGAAGCAUGGAGAAGGCUGCAGCUGAGAGGGAGCAUGAGGUCAGUGCUCUAAAGAGCAACCUGGCAACACUGACCGGUGAACUGGAGAAAUGGCAGGUGUCUGCAAAUAAGUAUGAGCGUGAGAUUGACAGCCUGCAGGCAAACCACCAGCAACAGAACCAGCAAAGAGACAAGGUUGCUAAACAGCAAGCCAGUGAACUGGAAAAGCUGAAGCGGGACUGUGAGAGCCUGCAGAGGGAGUGUGCGUCUCUCAGGUCAGAGCGGGAGCAAUUGGCUGUGCAGCAGCAGAAGGAGAAGAGCAGUCUGCAGAGUGAAUGUACAUCCCUGCGCUCUGACAAGGACCAGCUUCUAAAGAAACUGCAGCAACUGGAAAAAGAGCUAGACAGCUGUAAGAAGCAGAAUACAGAUCUGAGCAGCACAGCAGUGGCUCUGAAGAAGACACGGGCUGACCUAGAGAAAUGCCUGAGUGCCUCACAGGAGGAGCACCAGAAAAACAGCAGCCAGCUUCACGUCCAGCUGGAGCAGAGCAAAGCCAGGACCAAAGAGCUGCAGAAGGAGUAUGAAGAGACACAAGCAGAGUUGUCAGGCCUGAAAACGAGGUGUGAGCAGAUUGAGCAGGAGAAGGAGUCUCUCAGCCUGGAACUGCAGCAGUGCCAAGCUAACCUGAAGUCUCUGCAGGAGAAAAGCAACCUACUGUCUUUAUUGCCGUCCAUCCUAGCCGUAGUCAUCGGCCUUGUCCUGGCUUUGCUGUAUUGGUGCUUCGGCCCAUUGUGGUAGAAAGGAACGAUGGAUCAGGUGGAUACCCAUCGCCGCAGUAACAGUUGUUGUCACAGCCUAUGUGCUCACAAAGACUUCAACCUGAGUAUCUGGCACCACGAACCACUAAAGAAAAACGCACAUUUCCAACCACAAAAGAGGGCUUUACAUAAGAAUUAGUGCAACUUGUAACUGUAAUAUUGAAUGCUGAAGGCCUUAGUUUAAUUAUACAGGGUAUCAGAUCCAAGCCCCAAGCAGCUGCAGUGUUUCGAUAAAGGCAGAGACUUUUAGACUUUAAUGUGUCUAAAUGUUAGUUUUAUUCUUGCAAAAUAGUUAUUUUUUGCCAAAUGUUUGUAUUUGCCUUACUGAAUUCAUGAUGAGAUUUAAUGACAUCAAAAAAUCAUCAGCUUUAAAUAAUUAUUUUAAUAAUUCACUGUCAUGAACACAAUACUACAUUUGACACACAUAGUCACAUGCACAGUAUGAAAAUGGUUCUGUUCUGAUAGGUUUUUUGUUGUUGCACUGAAGUGGUGUUUUUGUAGUUUUGACCUUGAUCUUUAAUUUAAAGUUACAAAAAAAGUCUAUGCACUGUGUUGAUAUUCUAUUGCUUUUUAAGUAUUAAGGGUUUAACAAUCUGAGCACUAUAAUUAAAGGUAAGGGCACUAAUUUGUCUCCAAGAGACACGUAAAGCAAUUAAUUUGUUACUUGUACAGAUGUUUGAAUGCGCUUGCUGGAACAAUUAAACAAAUAUUAAUGGAAAUAAAGAUGAA